UAGUUAGUAGUUUAUAUGAGAUUUAUAUUUCUUUUAGUUUGUACGUUAAAAAUCUUGUUCGUUUAAGAAAUAUCUAGUAAAACUAAUGUUGUUAUUGUGGGUCGGCUAUUUGUCAUGCAAAACGAUCAAAACGCAACGAACCGAAACAUUCGUUAACGGAACCAAUGUAACCGAACGCACUUUCAGGCAACAGUUCAUAGCCGUUUAGUAUUUCUUUAUUGACCAAACAAACAAAUAAAGUUUCAACAGUGAACUACAGAAGUUACGUGUGGAUCUUUACUCAUUUAUGAGGUAUUAUACGUUUAUUCACCUUAGUAUGGGCUACGAAUUAUGAUAAUGACUCUGUAACGAGCGUUAAGUUACAUGUCAAAUUAACCUAUGACUCAAUACUGAGAAUAAACAAUGAAAACUCGGAGCCUCGGGUGGCUAUGUAUACUAGUGGUGUUGUACUUGCGCGGCGGCGUGGGCGACCGCGGGGACUACAUCGGUUGCUACCGGCUGAAGGUGGACGACAUCCUCAACACGCACACCGGGCAGUCCGUGGACGUGUGCCUGUCGGCCUGCGAACAGGUCUACUACAAGUACGCGCUCAUCGGCAACGAGUCCACGUGCUUCUGCAGCAACUCACCCGGUACCUUCAAGCUCCCGUUAGACUCCUGUGAAUUGCCGUGCCCUAAAAACGAAACUCAAAAAUGCGGCGGCGCUGUAAAUGUUGCGAGCGUGUACGACACCGAGGUGACCGUGCCCGGCCCGCCCGAGCCCGUCAACGUCACCAGAGUCACCGAGACUACCGUUAGAAUAAUUUGGAGAGAGCCUGAAGCCCAUUCUGACAUUACGGGGUAUGUUAUUAGAGCAGAUGUUGUGACAACUUAUGCUGAAAAUCCUUCCAGCUCUCCAGAAUGGAGGGUACCUAACAACACGUUCAGUUUGGAACUCCCUAACUUAUAUCCUGGCUCAAACUACAUUAUAAGUGUGGCAGGAGUAAAUGAUGAUGAUGAGGGCCCAAAAGCUACAACUACUGCUGAAACUAUAAUUGGAACACCAGAUCCAAGUCCCCCUGAUAUAAUAGUUAAAGAAAGGAGAGGUGACCAGAUGUUGGUGCAUAUUCCUAAAGCUAAAAAUGUGAAUGGGCCAGUCUCCAUGUACAGAGUGGUGGUCUCUAUAGAGCUGUACCAGCAGGGAUUCCUGGUCGACAACCUUGGUAACUACUCCUAUGCCCAAAGCAUGGACCUGCCUUACUACAUCACAGCAGAGUUAGACCCUGAUGACAUUGAAGCUGAUUUUGUUAUAGGAGAUGGACAUACUUACAAUGGCUUUCAGAAUGUCCCUUUGCUAUUGGUUAGUGAUAUUGAUGUAUCACUCGGGAUAGUCAGUGAAAAAAAUCAUGUGAGAAAAAUUAGGUACGCUGAGUCUACCAAGAAAAUUAUACUAAACAUAAAUGAGCCUGAAGAUGUCAACCCCAUGGUAGUGGCCUUGGGGGCCGGAAUUGCUAUUGGGGUUGUUCUUUUGCUGAUUGGAGUAGGUAUGAUCAUUGUUUUAAGAAAGAGAAUUCAUUUAGUCCGGAUGCAGAGAGGCUCACAGUCAAUGCCACUUAGUCUGAGUGAGCCAUGUGUAGAAAUAGAAAACUCUGGCUUUUUACAAGAUGAGGUUGAGAAAAUAGACUACUAUGGAAACUUAAAAAGGAAGUUGUGGAACAUUCCAAGAAAUCUUAUUGAUAUAGACAUUUCUUGUGUUGUUGGGUUGGGGAGCUAUGGGAAAUUCACUAAAGCUAAAGUUCAACAACACGGCGGACAAACCUCGGGCCUGGUGCAGGUCAUCAGUGACAGGGAAAUGGAGAAACCUGACAAGAAGUUGAUGUUACACGAGCUGGACCUCCUUAUUAAGACUAGUGAACAUGAAAAUGUCAUCUCCCUUAUUGGGAUCAGUGAAACUAACACAACACUAUUUGUUGUCCUCCAAGAUAGUAAAUGCACUUUGAAAGAGAUGCUUUUACAAAGCAGACAGAGGGAUUUACAAAACAAUAAAUUCUGCCUUAUCACUGAGAAUAAACUGCUACAACUUUGUGCCGAUAUUGCAGCUGGGAUGGAAUACCUACAUAGCAAGUCUGUGACGCACAAGCGGCUAAGCUGUCGCAACAUCGUUAUCGGCGAAUCCGGAGCCGCGAAAGUGUCUGGCUUUGGAUUAUCACAUAUCCGGCCUCUACACGAAACCCCAGACUACACUCGAUGGACAGCAUGCGAGAUGUUACGACAAACGAGAUUUAACCCUAAAGCAGACGUUUGGUCCUUCGGAUGCCUUAUGUGGGAAGCGCUAACGUUAGGCGCGACGCCAUACGCGAGCACGGCCAACAAGGAUGUGGCUCCUCGGGUGCUGCGCGGCAUGCGCGCCAGCCAGCCCUCGUACGUCGGCGACGAGCUGUUCCACCUGUGCCUGCAGUGCUGGCAGGUGGACCCGGACGAGCGGCCCACCUUCUCCACGCUGCUCGACGAGCUGUUGCCGCUCUCGGAGGCCGCCGGAACUCGUAGUCUCAGCUUUACACACUACAAUGGAUUCGAAUACGAACCGCAUGUGCCACAGUACGAAAUCGCAUAGAAUUUUUGCAGUAUGCACAACAACGCUAAACCAGUUUAAGUCUGAUCUCUGUUUAUUUAUGCAUUAUUAUUUAGCUUUCAUGCAUUAUUAUUUAGAGGUCAAAGUAUACUAAAAAUAAUAAAUAUCAUAUGACA